AUGAUUGGCUGCGCUGGGCUUCCCGAGGGGGAAUUGCCUUGGGCGUCUCUGCAUAAAACAGCCAGACCUGGAGGGGCAGCCAGGCAAGCGGGGCCAGGCCCCGGCUGGAGAGGGAGGAAAGGAGCCCACCUUCCACCCCACCCCACCCCUCCCCAGCCUCUGCCUCUGGGCAGCCUGGGGCCACCCAAGCAGACUCCACACUCAGCUGGCAGCGUGCAGAGCCCUGCCCCUGGCCUGCCAGGCUCCCUCCUGCCCAGUGCAGCAUUCGGCUGGGGCACAGCGGGGGAGCCUUGUGCCCAGAGGACCCCGCGCAGCCCCCAGUCCUACUGGGGGCUGGGGAAGGAGCCUGAACCUGGCACAGGCGGAGGAUGGCUGCACAGGACGACGCUCCCACCCUCAGGACUGGCAGUGAUCUGCUGCACGCUCAUGGACCCUGGGAAGAGGCUGCUGGGUGAGUUCAGGAUGUUCCCACCUCUCCCUCAUGUGGGUCCCACUGUUGGCAGCUGUGGCUGGACACAGCUGGGCCCGCCGGCUGGAGAGCCCAGCCAAGCUAUGCAGGAGCAGGGGAACACCCUGAGGCGCACAGGUCUGGCGUGAGCAGGAAUUCUCAGAUCACCUCUUGGCUGUGAGUGGUGGUGCAGAGAAGACUGCACCUUUGCUGCAUGUCACCCAAGGGAGGAGGAAAUGGAGGGGACAGAGAGGUCUCUCCCAUCGCUAACCUGUCUGCGGCUACAGGCGGAUCCAGCGUGGCCCAACACCCAAAGCUGGCUAGUGGCCAGACAUGCAGAGGCCUCUUGGUGCCAGCCCUCCAGUGAACGCCACUUCAUUCACGUCUCGUUUCUAACAAACCCAGUGUAAGCAGCUCUCCCUCAGAUUGCCCAUGGGAAGUGGGCCCCCAGGUGCCCUUCCCCCUCCAUGGCUUGUGGGUGUGGCCUAGCAUUAGCUUAUACGCCCUUUGGGACAGGGAGCUCAGCCUGCCACCCACCUGGCGGCACCAGGCCCACCGGGAGCACUACACACCUAACAACAGUAUCUCCAGAGCAAACAUGGAGCCCCGAAGGGGACUUCCCAACGUAUCAAAGGGAGCCAGAUUGUCAGCGCUCACCGAGGCUGGGAAAGCAGGGCAGAUCCCCAGGCCUCAGCACACAGUCUGCAGCUACAUCUGGGGGAUAUGAUAGAGGUUUAGAUGAUCAGGAACGGUUUGGAGAAAGUGACUAGGGAAGAGUUAUCUACCCCUUCACAUAACACAAGAUCCAGGGGUCACUGAUGAAAUGACAGGCAGCAGGUUUAAACUAAACACAACACACAACAAACUUCUUCACACAACACACAGUCACCCUGUGCAACUCAUUGCCAGGGAUGUUGUGAAAGCCAAAGUAAAACUAGGUUCAAAAACAAAUUAGAGAAGUUCAGGGUGGAUAGGUCCAGCAAUGGCUAUGAGCAAAGAUGCAGCCCCACACUCUGGAUUUGCCUAAGCCUCUGAUUGCCAGAUGCUGGGACUGGACAACAGGGGACAGCUCACUGGAAGCACCAGGAUACUGUGCUAGAGAGACCUUUGUUCUGACCCAGCAGGGCCCUUCGUAUGUUCUGUGGCCCAGUGAAUUUCCCCAAGUUUCUGCUGGGAAAUGCUCCGUUUGUGCAUCAGCUACAUGUCACCUAAGGGAGAGCGAGCUCAAUGGCACUUUGGGCACCCAUAUUGACGCCAACCACCAGUGCCAUGGUGGCAGGAGAGCCCAGGACGCAGGGAGCAUGUGACAAAGGAGGCUAAGCUGAUAGUCUUCAAAUCCACUUGGCCUGCCCUAGAGCCUGCUGCUGGAGGGCCUUGAUUUGCGUUGGGCCUCUAGACACUACGGUACCGCACAGCAGUCUGCUGUAGGGGAGAGUCAGACAAAGCACAGCAGCUGUGGUCAGUUUCAGACUGGGUCGUGACAUGCCCCCUUCCUAAAUGCCCAUCUCAUCUCAGCUGGGUACUGCCCGUUUUCUGCAGUUCGCAAACCCCCCAAACUACUGCACAACAAACAGCACAGGGCCUAAUAACAGUGAUCCACCUUGGUGAAGCACUUUGAGAUCUAGAGUUUCAACUGCUGCCAAGGUGCUAAGUAUGUUAACAAUGGUUACAGGCAGCAGAGGACUAAGGGUUUUAUUUCCUUUAGGACAGGGCAAUAUCUACCUUUCUUCGUCAUCAGCUAAAGGUUCUCCACUGGGAAGCAAUGGACAAAGUUCCUAGAUACUGCUCCCUCUGCUCCCCACAGGGUCUGCUCUACCCACAGACCGCUGGCCCAAUGGGAAGAGACGUGGGGACGAGGAGAAUGGGGUAGGGGAAGAAAUUGGAAGUGGGGUAGGUGAAUGGCUCUAGUAGUUCCAGUUUUUUUGGAAGCCACCUGUUGGGCAAAUUCAGCCAUUGCCCAUGGCCGUCAGUUGUGGGCUUGAACCGGCCUGAAGUUUGGGAUGCCCAAGUUCCACCCCAAAACUGAAUGAGUUCUGCUCGUAGCAAGUGGGCAGCAGCACUGUGCCAAUGCCCAGCACACAGAGUCACACAGUAGUAGUAGACAGGGAAAGUCAAGAGCAGCAGACACAGCAGCCUGCUGCGUCAUGACCUUGGCCAUACCGAUCACACUUGAGAGCAAAGGUCGCAGCUCUCUAAGGCUGCAGAGACAGCUGCAGGUCUUUUGGUGAAACCACACGGCCCGUGUAUGUGGGACAUCAGACUAGCUGCUCACAAUGCUCUAAAGCCUUCAGGCCUAUGAUGCUAUAAACAGGUGCUUGCAAUGAUGCCAGGAGGAACUUAGCUGUGUAGAUCUGCUGGCCCACUCUGAUUGCUGUCUCUGUCUCCUUUCCUGUUGUGCCUGAUUAAUGAGAUGUGCUGGCUCUCCUGCUCCUCACCAGCACUUCCCACCCACCCAUGGGAACAAGCCAGUGUAGAAUAUUAGUGAUCUCAGAGAAGAAAACAGGCUUGUGAGUGUGUGGAGGGAGCUGGAGCAGGUUUCCCUUUGCAGACACACUCCUUUAUGGCUGAGAAAGAAAUAGACCUAAUGGAGUUUCAGUAAAGUCCAGCAUGGGUUUACUUGGCCCACGCUCAGAGUCGUCAGGAUCACAACCGCUGCGUCUGUCCCCAUAGCAGACACUAGCAAGUUCCCCUUAGAUCAGCCACUUCAGCACCUGUUCAGUCACAUCAAGCACCCACCUUCCCCAAGUAGUUAAAGAGACACUGUCAAGUUACAGAUUUCAACCCCCCAGCAUAUAUCCCACCUAUACUGCCAUUAACCUAUGAGAGCCUGCUCCUGCAAGGUACCAAAUGUCCCUAACUCCCAAUGACUUCAGGGCAGUUAUUUGGUCUGUAAAAAUGCUCAGCAUCCUUUUGGGUGCCAUAAAAAAUAAAGUAUCAGAGGGGUCGCCGCGUUAGUCUGGAUCUGUAAAAGCAGCAAAGAGUC